AUGGUCGAUGACCUGUGCAAGCAAAUUCAAAAAUGGAGGGACGAGGGUUGUGAAGUUUUGCUGGGGAUCGGUGCUAGCGAAGACCUUUCGGUCAACUCCCCGGACUCCAUACGACAGCGGUUUUGUGAGUGCGGAAUGGAGGAAGCGAUUUUGAAACGCCAUCCUCCCAUGGCGACCCACCAACAAAAUCAAAGCAACGUUCCCAUUGACGGAAUCUUUACCACUUCAGGUGUUCCGGUUUUGGCUGGUGGCUACUACGCAUUUGGUGAAUUUGUUGAAUCAGACCACAGGGCACUAUGGAUCGAUAUUGACUUGAACACGGCUUUGGACAAUUUCACACCCCAGGGGUCUACCUUUAAACCUCGGAAACUCACCCUUUUGGAUAAGCGGUCCGUCAAACGCUAUCUUCAACUGGUUCACUUGGGAUACGAGGAGUAUGACAUCCCGUCCCGUCUCACCAAGCUCAAUCAGCGCAUUGAAUCUAAUGGACGACAGAUGUCACCCUCACUGGCACGCAAAUAUAACUGCCUUCACCGGCAGAUGUAUAUGAUACGGCGGCAGGCUGAGGACAAUUGUCGCACUACCUCCUCUGGCAAGGUUCCUUGGUCUCCCAAAUUGCAGGGCUUCUGGGAUCGGUUGAGUCUCUGGAAGCUACUCCUUAAAGGACGCAAGCGAUGUUGUGUGAGCUCCCAAAAGGUCCGGCGCCUGAUGAAGAAGACAAGGCUGUGCACCGCAUGGAAGAAGACGACUGCUGAACUGGAAGUGGCAUUGGCAGCUGAACGACGGGCAUGCAAGUAA